UUUAACUUCAAUAGCUAGACAUACAUCUAUAGUUAUUUCCUUUUCUUGAGAAGACUGAUUCAGAAUCAAAAUGUUGGCCAUUUUCCACAAAGCUUUUGCUCAUCCACCGGAAGAGCUGAACAGUCCUGCAUCUCACAAUAAUGGCUCCAACAAGCCAAAGCCUCCACAGGAAACUCUCAACCAAUUCAUUUCCAAUCAUCUUCAUAACUCUUGCACCAUGAGCUUUGGCCAUGCCGCUGUUCUGGCCUAUGUUCGCCCUGAUCACCCUUCCUCUCUUCAUCAAAGGUUGUUUUGUGGGGUUGAUGACAUAUACUGCAUCUUCUUGGGGAGCUUGAACAAUCUGUCUGUGCUCAAUAAGCAAUAUGGUUUGACAAAGUGUACUGAUGAGGCCAUGUUUGUGAUUGAAGCUUAUAGGACUCUCCGUGACCGUGGUCCAUACCCUGCAGAUCAAGUUGUCAAGGAUCUUGAUGGAAGCUUUGCCUUUGUUGUCUAUGACAGCAAAGUUGGCACUGUCUUUGCAGCACUGGGUUCUGAUGGUGGAGUGAAAUUGUAUUGGGGAAUUGCAGCUGAUGGAUCUGUGGUGAUCUCUGAUGAUCUAAAAGUCAUAAAAGAGGGAUGUGCCAAAUCCUUUGCUCCCUUUCCAACAGGGUGUAUUUUUCACAGUGAAGGAGGUCUGGUGAGCUUUGAGCAUCCAAUGCACAAGUUGAAGGCAAUGCCAAGGAUAGACAGUGAAGGGGCCAUGUGUGGGGCCAACUUCAAAGUUGAUAAGUAUGCAAGAGUUAACAGCAUUCCUCGAGUGGGAAGUCAAUCCAAUUGGAUGGAGUGGGACCAGCAUUAGCUUUAAAAUGUAAAUAAAAACAAAGCAAAGCAUGGUCUGGUUCAUGUACAAUAAAAAUGAAUGUCAUCCUUGACCCUUUCCUAGAUUCCCUACCUUCUUCUAGCUGUUUUAUUUUUAGCCUACUUGUGUUUUUUUCCUGUUUCCUUCUGAGUAAUACAGUAUGCUGAAGUGUUUUUCCA